AAUAUAAUUGUUCUUUUCCUCUCUAAAAGUUCUAUUGAAAAACAUUUUAUAUGCGCUGAGUGGUAUGGAAGACAUGUCACUGACUAAAGUUACAGAUAAUGUAAUCCCAGCUGCAUUUCUGUCACAAGAGCAACCAACAAAUUUGGUGUAUUUAGCAGAGGAUUAUAACUGGGCAGUCUCAGUGUUUGAUACAUCAAGGAUAUUGACUUUUGUUGUUUCCUUAACCCUCAUCAUUUAUGGAAGUCUAAGAGCUAUAAAAAUCGAAGAAUGUAAUGAAGAAAACGAUGAGAACGAGAAAGACGACUCCAAAACAACUAACAUUUCAUGGCAGAACCUGCAUACGAUUGAAGCAACACAAGCAGUUGCACUCCCCCUGUGUGCUUCUAUUAUGCUCUUAGUGAUGUUCUUCUUUUUUGACUCGCUGCAGUUGUUGUUUACUUUGAUAAUGACAGUAUUAGCAACCGUUGCGUCUGCAUUUCUCCUGCUUCCAAUCUGUCAAUAUGCCACGUCGCUCUGUUUCAACAACACAAACAAAAUUUCUCUGGGAUGUUGUGGUCGUUUCACACCUGCUGAGAUUACAGCAUUACUUACUUCAUCAGUUGUUGUAAUGAUGUGGGUAUUUACUGGUCACUGGCUGCUCAUGGAUGUAUUGUCAAUGGCACUCUGUGUAGCCAUGAUAGCAAUUGUUCGUCUUCCGAGUUUGAAAGUAUCAGUCCUGCUCUUGUUUGGAUUGCUCGUGUACGAUGUGUUUUGGGUAUUUUUAUCCGAGUACAUAUUUAAGGUUAAUGUCAUGGUAACAGUAGCAACCCAACCAGCGUAUAAUCCUCUGCAUUAUCUGACAAAUAGAUUACACGUAAGAGAAUCUAUGCAAGCUCCUCUUAAGAUCUCACUACCUGCUAAACUUAUUUUCCCCAGAAAAAAUGGCCACUUUUCUAUGCUGGGACUUGGAGAUGUGGUCAUGCCGGGAUUACUUUUAUGUUUUGUUCUGCGUUUCGACAAAAAUAAAGAGAUGUCAGCGAGCACUCCUGCAACCAUCACAUAUUUUCGCUGUUCAUUAAUCGGAUAUUUCGUAGGUUUGUUGACAGCCACUGUAGUUUCAGAAGCUUCAAAGUCAGCACAACCUGCUCUUCUUUACUUAGUGCCGUUUACACUAUUACCCAUAGUAAUAAGAGCUUAUAUGCAGGGCGAUCUUCGGAAAAUGUGGACAAGCCCUUUCGUGAAUGUCACAUCAAAAUGUUUGGACGUGUAGCUGCUUCAGAAGAAAAGAAAAGUAAUUUGGAAUGGAUAAUGGUUGUUUUGCUGAUGUAAGCCAUUUUUAUUUUCCUUCAGCAGUAAAAGCAAGACUAUGACCCUAAUUCGAAAUUGGUGGCAGGAAUGUAGUGAUCUAUUUGCCGAUGGUUUGAAUGGACUUGAAAGCAUGUCUAUUUGGGUGCAAAUCACACCUGGAAGUUUUAAAUUUUUAUUGUUUUGCCAUCGUUAGACGGUGUGGCAUAGCUGAUUUUAUAUUUUAGCUGGAAAAAAAUUUGACGAAAAUAUAUUUUAGCGUUUAUUAAUGAAUUUUUUUCUUGAAAAUAUAGCUUAGGUAAAAAAUAUUUUCUUUGAAGAAUUGAUGGUACCUUAAUAAGAUCAACUUUUCGCGAUUUUGGCGAUUUAAUUGAGGUUAGUUACUACACAAAUAAAUGUUUUAAAUGAUUUACAAAAAAAUUCGCUUUUCGGAAAAGUUGUAAAAUCCGUAAAAUUUAGCAGUUCUUGUUAACAUUCGUCUUAUUUACAAAAAUAUUUCUCCAUAAAAAAUUUACAUGGUACUUUUAAGCGAUUCUUCUGGAUUGGGUACUUCCAGGUAUUGUUUUCAGAAACAUACAAUUUAGAAAAAAUUUUAAUUUCUCUAUUGAAUUCUUUAUAAUAAAUAAUUUGUUACAUGAUAAACGUGUUUUCCGAAGAAUAGUUGACCUUUUUUCUUCAUGUUUAUCAUUCUGUUAAAAGCUGUUAUAAAUAUUUAUAUGUUGUUUAUAUUAAACAUUUUUUUACUUGUUUUGAAGUUUAAGUUUUCUAGCUGUUAUUUUCUAUGAUUUUAAUUUAUAUAUAUUUUUUAUUUUGUCCUGCCUAACCUGCCUAUCAAGCUGUAUCAGAAAACGUUGAACGUCUAGCGGACCGUAAUGAAGCCUUUAUUGAAGAAUUAGGGCUAAGUGAGGCAAUGUAUUGCUUCGUUUAUACCAGUUCCUUUGUUAGGUGAACAUAUUCCCAAUGCUACCAGCUUGAUGCUUUUAGUUUUUUAUCUUUGGCACCCAUGAAGGAGUUUUCUUCUUUAAACACUCCAUCUCAGAUGCUAGGUUUUUAGUCGUAUUUAUGUUGACAUAAACAAAAAAUUUAUUGGUUGUGUAUAUAUGUAGAUGAUUAUGUAGAUAAAUAUCAAUUUGUCAUCGA